UUGCGUCGGCUUCAACCAUUCCUUCUCUUCCUUCUCUUACAUCUACCUACCAGCCAUUUAAUACCGUUUUAACGCUUACAUUUCUCUCUACAUCUGCGAUGGGUGUCCCAGCACUGUUUCGCUGGCUAAGCAAAAAAUAUCCAAAGAUCAUUUUUCCUGUGGUUGAAGACGAAGAAGUCAAAGUCCCUGACGAAAACAACGAAAUAGUCACUGUCCCUAGCAACAUGGCGGACCCUAAUCCAAACGGAACGGAAUUUGAUUGUCUAUAUCUCGAUAUGAAUGGAAUAGUUCAUCCGUGUACACAUCCUGAGGGCAAGCCAGCACCUGAGACGGAAGAACAGAUGAUGGUUGAAGUCUUUAACUAUACUGAGCGCGUAGUGAACAUGAUACGUCCGAGAAAGCUUUUAUUUAUGGCUAUUGACGGUGUCGCUCCCCGUGCUAAAAUGAACCAACAACGGUCAAGACGUUUUCGUGCUGCACAGGAAGCAAAAGAAAAAGAAGAGGCUAGAGAAGAGUCUAUUCGUUUGUGGACCGCAAUGGGUCAAACUAUCAGUGAAGAAGAAAAGAACAAGAAGCCUUGGGAUUCUAAUGCGAUUACCCCUGGUACACCGUUCAUGCAUCUAUUGGCAGCAUCUUUGAGGUACUGGGUCGUGACAAAGUUGAACUCAGAUCCUGGCUGGAAAAACCUCCAGGUUUUGAUAUCGGAUGCGAGCGUUCCUGGGGAGGGAGAGCACAAGAUUAUGGACUUUAUUCGCCGACAGAGAUCCAAUCCAGGCCACGAUCCCAACACUAAGCAUGUCAUUUAUGGAUUGGAUGCUGAUUUGAUAAUGCUUGCUCUUGCCACGCACGAGCCCUAUUUUAGAGUCCUGCGGGAAGACGUUUUCUCCGAUAGCAACAACAUGUCCUGUCGUAUGUGUGGUCAGGAAGGUCACUACGCUGCCCAAUGUACUGCAACUCCCGCCGAGGUCAAAGAAAACUCUUUGAAAAAGACCUCCCUCGAUAAAAAGCCCUUCAUUUUCCUUGACGUCUCUAUUCUACGUGAAUAUCUCGAGUCCGAGUUAAACGUCCCAAACGUUCCGUUUCCAUUCAAUCUGGAGCAAGCCAUAGACGAUUGGGUGCUUCUGAUAUUCUUCGUGGGCAACGAUUUCUUGCCGCAUUUACCAAGUCUGGAGAUCAGAGAAGGCGCGAUUGAUACGUUAUUGAGGAUCUGGAAAAUGGAACUACCCAGAAUGGGGGGAUAUCUAACAAAUCAUGGAAGACUUGAGCUGAACAGAACUCAGAUCAUUUUGGAAGGACUAGCGAAAAGGGAAGAUGAGAUAUUUAAGCGACGACGUGAAGCUGAAGAACGCGAGGAACAAAAGGCCAAGCGACGUAAGUUGGAAAAGGAUGACCUCUUGAAUGGGUCAACCGACUCCAUCACUUCUCAAUCCUCAUUACCGCAACGCCCUAUGUCAAACCACAAUUUUGCAGCAAAAGCGGACUCAAUCGGCCUAGGCGCGCCGCAGACAGAAGAAUCCCUGAAACACUUGCCCAGUGCGCAGCAAGCUCUCGCAGGUUCCAACCACGACGUGGUGAAAAACAGGGCAGCUAUUCGUUUGGCCAAUAUGAGCGCAGCAGAGGUCCUGAAAGCUGAAAUCGAUGCACUCGUACCAGUGAAGAGGUCGGCCUCAUCAAUAACGAAGAAACCUGACCUGUCGUUACCACCGAAACCGGAGCAGGAAACAGUAACACCACCCGCGUCCUUAGCCGCGACGAGAAUGAGUGCGGGAAGUGUUGCCCUUGAGAUUUCUCUCCCAUCUCCGGCGAACCCUGGGAGCGCCCUUGAUGCUACUCAAAGUAUGGAUGAAGACGAUAUACCUGGUUUUGGUACGAGAUCAACAAGUGUGUCGAGCAUGGUUGGGGUUACUGGGACUGCAACCGUUUCGACAACUGCUACCUCCACGGUAGAAAAUCUCACCUCAGGAGACUCCAUAAUUCCCGACUCAAUCAAGGAUGAUCAGGAAAAUUCUUCUGUCGGUACUAAACGUUCAUACGAAGAAGGCCCGGGAGAAGACGAACCUAUUGAAGAUGACGACGAACCACCGAUAGACGGUCCAAAGGGGGAGACCGUUGGUUAUCUGGAGUAUACGAAGAAUCCUGAUGGAACGGUGACGCAACAAGACCAUGUAAAAUUGUGGGAGCCCGGAUACAAGGAACGAUAUUACCAACAGAAGUUUAGCGUAGAGAGGUCUGACGAAGAGUUUAGACGGACGUUGACCAGGAGCUAUGUGGAGGGCAUGGCAUGGGUUCUGUGUUACUAUUAUCAAGGGACACCCUCAUGGCAAUGGUACUAUCCCUAUCAUUUCGCUCCAUUUGCAGCCGACUUCGAGGAUGUGGAUAAGAUGGACAUCAAAUUUUCACUAGGGCAACCUUCUAAACCUUACGAACAGCUCAUGGGCGUGUUCCCUUCCGCUAGUCGAAAGCACAUACCCGAACCAUUUCAUCACCUAAUGAUGGAUGAAGGAUCUCCCAUUUUCGAUUUCUAUCCCACCUCGUUCCAGAUUGAUAUGAAUGGAAAAAAGAUGAACUGGCAGGGCGUCGCACUCCUACCGUUCAUCGACGAGGAACGCCUCUUGGCUGCUAUGGAGAAACCGUACCUCGAGCUGUCAGAAGCCGAAAUUCGACGCAAUGCGUGGGGUAAUAAUGCUAUGUUUGUCUCGAACGAACACCAAGUGCAUCCAUUCUUUGAACAACUGUACGGGAAAAAGAAGUUUAAGGAUCCUCUACCUAUCGAUUUUAAGUUGAGCAAGGGAAUCAACGGAAGCGUUCUACCUAAUCCCGAAUGCCUGCCCGGCUCUACAUAUUUCUCCCCUCUGGCGGAAGUCAACAUGCCGGACAUCAAGAACGAUCGGUCACUUUCUGUCCUCUAUUUCUUCCCGAAACAAUUGUCUCCUCAUCGGUCAAUGCUUCUCCCGGGAGUGAGGCGUCCACUUCGCAUACUUUCACAAGAAGAUCUUGAGAAUUCACGUCGGGGUGGCAAUAGAGGGCGAGGUCGAGGCGGGUCAGAUUGGGGCCGCGGUGACCGUUCGAGAGGGAGAGGGGGCGGUGACCCCUUCCAUUCGAGGUCAGGAGGCUACAGCUCGUCCUACGGCAACGAUAGAAACUCCCAGAGGUAUCAACAAGAUUAUCAACAAUCUUAUGGCCCCCCUCGAAGUAAUCAAUAUCAUUCCCAGGACCGUUCUUACGGCGGGUAUGGAAGAACGAGCGAUGAUGGACGUGGACGACCUCAAAAUCAUUCGAAUUAUGGUGGCCAGAGCUACGAUGGAGGCUAUGAUCGGCCCCUCCCAUCCGGUGGUAGAGGUAGUCCACCAAAUACUGCUAACCCCUACGGUGCAUAUGGUGGCUAUGGUGGCUACGGAAACCAUGGCGGAUAUGAUGGGGGAGCGCCCUCUGGCAGUUACGGAGGGUAUGGCGGCGGUGGUUACGGAGGGUCUGGCGGAUAUGGAGAAGGGGGAGGUCGAGGCAACCAAUAUGGAUACGGACAUAAUGGUGGUGCCGGUAGAGGAUCUUUUCAUAAUAACCAGGCCACGCGAGGAAGAGGAAGAGGUUGGUAA